GCUGCUAUUAAAACAUAACGAAAUCACGAACUUUCGUGGAGCUAGUGAAGUAAUCAACAUCUUUAAGAGCUCGCUUCGUAAGGACAGAAAAUAUGUCUGAAAGAGUAAGACAGAGAGCAACAAAGUCAUCAGCUAGUCAGCAAAUAACGGAAAAUAAACCGAAGGAAAGCUCGGAGAAAAACAAACAUGAGAGGUACGUUUUACCCGAUGCACGUCGAGUGUAUCGAUCUCAACACGUUUCCUUUAGAUACUGAAACUUACAUUGAGCCUCGGGCGAAGGGAACAAACCAUUUCCAUUCUUGACAUAAAAUGUUUCUUUGAACCCACAGAGGUCUGGUGUCUUCGCUACUUUGUGGAAUCGUUACGUUAGUUUGGUAGGUUCAAGAGUUUUGCGUGUUAGUAUAUUUAGCUAUUAAACAGUAUUGUUUCGGCCAAUCAAAAGGCGAUAGGUAGAGAAAGGGGUGUCUAUUAGAGUGAUUCGAAAGCCAUGAAAAGUAAUGUCAUAGUGGUGUCAGCUCAAAGUGAAGCUUAUCAAGUUCAAAAUUCACUUAUUCUACACUUAUUAAAGGAUGGCAAAUGGUUUGGUAAAGUUUCCGCACAGCCCCAUACUAUUGUAAAACAAAUCUGUUUUCCCAAUGGAAAUGUAUUGUUUUUGUCAUUGUUUUCUCUAUUCAAGAACUGAAUGCAUAAUUUAGUAUGGGGCUGUGCUGAAAUUUUACCAAUGGUUUAAACUUGACACGUGAUUAAGCUCAAAAUUAAGACGUGAAGCGUGAAUCUUACAGGAAAGCAAGGUAAGGUGAGAUUUGGAGUGUUCUCUUUUAAAUUUGUGACGCUUGAAAUACUGUUUUACGUGCACGUAACGCAUGGUUUUUUCUUAAAUUCGUGCAUGAAACGAGAUCAAGACUCUACCUUUACUGCCCUUGUACCUGGGACCAAUUAUUGCAUCUAUGGGGGGGGGGGUGAGAAGGGUUAGUUUUAGUAGUGUGAGAGGUGAAGGGCAUUGCUAUUUACUUUGAUGUGUCAUGUUAUAACUUUCAAGACUGUCAUUGUCCAUGUCUGAUAAACAAUCAAGGCCUAAAACAAUAUCUAAAGAGAGUGUGUGAUAUGGACACUUUAUUGGAGAUGCUACUGCAGGGCUGGUUGCUUAAAGGGUGAUUUAACUGUAAUGAGAAUCUAGGAUCAAAACUUAAAUAUUGCUUUGAUUUCUUGUUACUCUUUUGUUCUUGUAAUCUAAAUUCUGAUUCUCUCCUCUGUCUGCUUAACUUGGAAAUUAGUGUUUAAUCAGACAGUAUCUGCUAAUUGAUAGGUUUCUGUCAUCUCAACACUCUUCUGCUUUAAACUGUAUUUGAAUUGUAAGGAGAAAUUCCAUUUUUGUCACUCCAGGGAGUAAAAGGAUUAAUGGAAAAGCAUGAACUGUAUAAGGAUAAGUGUGGAGUUGGCUUACAUUGUUUAGGAAUCAAAAUAUGUGUAUUAAAAAAUUUACACAUCCUAUGGUUAACUUUUUAACUCCUCAAAGUGAUGAACAUGUAACUUCUCCUUAAGAUAUCCAUACAAUAUCAAGCAAAAUUGAGAUGAGAUUUCUCAAACUUAUCACUGGUACAAUUUUUUGUCAACAUUCUUGUAACUUAUUUAAAUCUUUGGAGUUUAAGGGUUAAAAAAAUCUCAGUUGAACCAAUUCAACCUUUAGAAGACAAGUCUUGCAUUGUGAUUGCACUUGUUAAAGACAAAGCAAGUUAAUGUUUAUCAUUUCAUUUCUUAGGGUUUUGUUCAAGACAACAGUGGGUGUGAUUUUGCUCUUUUACAUCACAUGUGUGAUAAUAAUGUAUUCCUCACCAGAAGCAAGGAAGCUCAUGAUUUAUUUACAUCCAUGUUAGUACACUGUAACUAUUAUGAAUGUGUUAUGUAGGUACAUAUCAUUAUAAUGGUUAAUUAGUCUUGCCUCUUGAUCUCUGCUUUCAAGUGAAUAAUUAUAUGUAGAAAGUAAAUGAAGAAUUAUUUUGGUAAUGUGUUGCAUUUACAUGAUAAAGAUGUUGCUCAUUCAUGAUUUGUUGGUAACCAGACAUUUCGCACAAGAGACUUUUAGCACAAGUUUUGGACUGUUCACACAAUUAUUAGUGGUCAUUUCACACAAUAAUUAUAAGUGAGAAACACCAAUAUAAAAGGUUUUUAUAUCUGAUGAAUCUGAUAAACUUAAUUCACUUUAACCCUUUAACUCCCAAUUCUUCCCUCCAGCUGCUAUAGUGAUUUUGAGUGUUCUCGUUACCUGUUUGCUGGAUACUGUAUGGAUAUUAAAGGGAGUUUAAGGGUUAUUAGAGACUGAGGUAGUUUCAAGUGUUAAGAUUUGCACCAGAACAGUUUUUCUUAAGACUUAGUGGUUGGUGUAUUUGUUCUUGUUCAGUGCUCUAAUACAGUGGGAUUACAUAUAAUGAACUAAUGUGUAUUAUUGAAGUAAAGUUAGAGAUCUCUUGAUUUAAAUAAUUGUAAGUGAUAAUUUCUUUUUGUAUUACUGAUAACCUUCAUUUUCCUCUUUUGUCACCCAGUGAAGAAUCCAUUUGAAAAUUUGUCUGAUCCUAGUUCAUUUGGUUUACCUGAUAGUACUGUACAUUUUUACAUAUCUGGUCCUGCUGGUAAACUAGGAGCAUGGUCAGUUUUUUUGUUUUUGUCUUUGUUUUGUAUUUUGUUUUAUUUGUUAUUGUUUUACUCUGUUGCAAGUGUCAGUUAAGCAGUCAAUAGAUAUUUAUAGUUUGAAAAGAAAGCUGCUUUUCUUAUUCAACAUAGCUGUAUUUGUAGUCACAUUGACAGUUGUUAAGCCUGUGUUAUCUGCUAAACUCAAUGUACAGCACAUGGUAUGGGUGUUGGGAUGAAAUUAUGUGUUGAAGUAUAAGCCUGGUUGGGACACACUUGCCACAAGUUCAUUAGAUUUGGCUGCAAUCAUGGACAAACUACAUGGUCUCAAACUAGUUGAAGUCAGAGCAGUCCAUUUCAAAUUGAGGGAAAAUUCUUUUUCUGAAAGGAAGACAUGUUUUCUCAAACAUCUCCUUGUGGCAGGAAGUGAAUAAUCAUUGUUACCUUACCUGUAGAAUGAGCAUUUUCAGUCAACAGAACUGCUUUUGUCAUGAUUAUGUUCCAUACUGAGUGUGCUUGUAUUAAUGUUAUUCAGUGAUGCAGCUUUGAGACAGUGUGAAACAGACUUUUGCUGAAAUUAGCAAUUGACAACAAUCUGAAUAGACCUGUUAUUAUUUAAUCAAAAGCAGGUUUGUUGAUUAGGACAUCUACCAAAGUCUACUUGAAGGAAGUGCCAAGUCUGUGAUUGCCUUCAUUUGUUUUCCUUGUUUGUUGUAUAUUUUAGGAAUAUUCCCAGUCAAAAUGCUGAUAAGGCCCAAGAUGCCAAAACUGACAAGCAUUCCCACCUUAGUGAUGGAAAUCCAGUAUUUCUCUAUUUUCAUGGCAAUGCUUACACAAGGUUAUUACAUUUUAAGUAAAUUGAACUGACCAGUGAAAGACUGCAGUUAUUGACUAGAAAUUUCUUGGGGUAAAUUUAAAAUUAAUCUGCAAUGUUUGGACAGUCAGAUACCAGUUUUUUGAGUGUGGGGGGUUAGGGGAAAGAGACCUAUUUUUUUAAACAGAGUAAUUUACUUGUCAUGAAAGUAGAAUUUCGCAGUACUGAACUACUGUAUUUUAAGUGGCACUUUUGAUUACUCAGUUUCAUAACUGAAAGUAGAUGAAUUUCACAGUACUGAACUACGGUAUUUUAAAUGGCACUUUUGGUUACUCAGUUUCAUAACUGAAAGUAGAUGAAUUUCGCAGUACUGAACUACUGUAUUUCAAAUGGCACAUUUGGUUACUCAUUUUCAUAACUGAGUAAAGGAUCAUGGUACUUCUUACUUAAUAACCAUUAAUCAUUAAGGGUUUUUAUUUUGUUUAUUAUGUUUCUAUUACUAGACACACAUGUACCUGUGUUAUUAUCUUUAUUUAAUUUUUUUUUUCCUUUCAGAGGGACCGGCCACAGAUUAGGAGUUUAUAAGGUUGUUAUGAUUGAGGUCUUGCUGAAAUCUCAAAAUAAAUGACUGUUUUAAAGUAGUUAUCACACUUUUAAAAACCUGAAAAUGCCAUGUUUAAUACUAACAGUACUUUUAAUUUCAUUCAUAGAGUUAUAGUAAUGUUGUACAUUAAUUUUGUAGAGUUUUUGUAAUGUUAUUUCAAAAUGAUGUAACUCUAUUUUUUUUUGUUUGAUUGUUUAUAUCCCUGCAGCUUUUGACUUCCAUUGGUUAUCAUGUAGUAACAAUUGACUAUAGAGGUACAGUUUUGUUUUGGUAUUUUACAUUAUGGUUUGACAAAUUAAGUGUCACAAUUCAAUAUAAAUGCAGAUUUACAUGUAUAUGAAUGUACGAGAAUUUUAAACCACUGGAUUGAAGGAUUUUUAAAGAAAUUAUUUCAUUAAAUAGUUGAUUAUCUUCAUGAGAGGGAACUUUGGAAACACAUUUGUUGGAAAAAUGGCCUUUAAUGGAAUUUUUUUCCCUGAAUAACUUAUGGAAAAUACUUAGAAUGUCAACUUUUCAAAUUAAUUUUUAUGCUUAUAUAUCUGUACCAAAUUCUCUCCAUGUAUCAGAUGAGUAUUUUUCCUCUCAAUCUGGUGCUGCACUAUAGUUUUGUAGAUGCAUCUUUCCUCUGUGGUUUGUACAUUUAACAUUAACAGUUUAUAUCAAAUUCCUCAAACAGAUCUUCAAUACAAAGAAAUGACAGUGGUUCUUAGUUUCAUUGUCACUUUUAAUCUCCAUGAAUAGUUAUAUUUUCCUAUUUACUGAUGAUGGAAACAUUUCCUUUGAUUAUUGUUCAUAGGUUUUGGUGACUCUGAAGGAAAGCCAUCUGAAAAUGGUAUUGUUUAAAAUUCAGAUAUGAAAUUGCAGUACUGCAUUAAGAAUAAAUUGGUUGUUGAUGCAGUAAAUUGUUUCUACUUUAUACUCUUGGUUUUCAUCAGGAUACCAUUGUUAUCAAAGAACUUAGUCAUUUUUCAAGAUCACUUUUCAUCAUUCAUCAACAAGCACUAUGUCUGUAAGCAGAAAGGUCCUCUUAGAUGGCAUCAUCAACAGCCACUGAAGUUGAAUAAGACAGCAUAACUGUGUCCUCACAACUUUAAAUUGAAAUUUUUUACUGUUAGGACUCAUUGAGGAUGGUCUUGCUGCUUGGAAGUGGAUAAGAUCACAAAGUCCUGAGGCACCUUUGUACAUCUGGGGUCACUCCUUAGGUUCAGGGUAAGAGGACCAAGUAUUACUCUUGUGGAGUAAAAAGUAACAGUCAUGUACUUGGUUUGAAUAACUUUAAAAUCAGGGGCAUUGUGGAUAGUUUUGGAGGAAUUACGGUGCUUUUGGCAAACUGGCAACCAGGAUUUGCCUCGAUGAAAUAACUGUAGGAAUGUUUCUUGUAAGGCACUGUCACUUAUUAGUUCAAUGGGCGAGUACUUGCAUAUAUAUUGUACCACAUCACAUUCAUUUAUGUUGUUUCAUCUUGUUGUGUGUUUUUUUAUUCUAGGGUAGCUGGUGGAGUUGCAAAAGCUCUAUGUGAAGAAGGUUUGUGCUAGAUAAACACUGUAAUUUCUACUCCUAUGCAAUCACAAAAUCUAUUAAUCUUGAUUUCCUGGAAAGAAGGACAACUUUCCUGCUACUUCUAAGAUUUUAUUAAAGUAUUUUAGACUUUAAGUUUUGUAGUGAAUUUUCCAUGCUCAUGCCAGUUACUCAGAAAACUCUCCAUGAAUUGCUAAUCAGAAAUUUCAAGAAAAAGAUAUUGAAGAGUUGCACUGCUCAAUAUUUUGGUGCUUGUACAUGUACGUGAUUUUGGACACAUGUACAUGAAAUUUGCUGAUGCAAGAAGUUUUUACAAUGAUAGAGUUUCACUGACAUGGGCAAGGCAAUGAUCAAACCGUAGGUUGAAUAACAAUGCUUCAAAUAUAAAGUCAUGUUUUUACAGGUUCUCCACCAUUAGGAGUCAUUCUUGAAGCACCUUUUAACAAUAUUUGGGAUGGUGCAGUCCAUCAUCCAAUAGCUAUAGUAAGUCUUUAAACUUCAGGCAAGAGUUAAAACUUGUGCUUAAAGUUUUCCUGGCCAUUUGUGCCAUACAAGGGAUGAGGGUUUUUCUUGAAUGCAGUGCUUUGUUUAACCCUUUCUCUCCCUAGAAAGACCAAAAAUAAAUUUCCUCUUGGAUACAUUUGAGCAGAAAGGUGAUGAGAAGAAAAGGAAAUGUCAACGAUAAAAGUUUUGACACCAAAUUCUGAGAGCUAGAAUCAUCUUAUACAGUAAGAUCUUGGGUGGGUAGGGAGGAGUGCAUGGAUUAUUUGUGCAUUUCAAUGUUGCAUUUUUCUCAUCACUAUUUAGUAACACGAAUGAAAAUUUUAGUCUUUUUUUUUUUAUUCUCCUCCAUCAUAAAAUUCGCUCUGACCGAGGUCUAACACACGAAACGAGUUUAGGAACUUUUCGGUGGCUAAUUUACAUUAUCAACUCAGUUGGUAAAACCGAAUUAUAUUGUCAUACCAACAACUGAUGCAGCACCACAGUUUCUUUAGAAAACUGCCCCCUUUGUUAUUAUCUAAACGAUCUCUGUAAAAGGAUCUGUGGAAAUGCACAGCUGUUUGUAUUUUGUGAAAAGAAGAUAUUCUGAAGGCAGAGUAUCCGUCAUCAUCUUUUUUCUAAAUGGAGUUUGAUUACGAUGCGUUGUUUAUGUUGCCUUUGCUUGCAGCGGCGUAAGGAAUUGAAGUGUGUAAGGUAUUAAUCAAUGAAGCAUUGAGUUCAGGGGAAAUUUUCGUAGGUUUUUCUCUAGUGUCCCAGAAGUCUCUUUGGAUAGAGGAGAAAAUCAAGAUGGAUGAUAUUUUUGCCUAUUUUUUGAUUGAGUGCUGGUUAGUAAAACUUUACUUUUAUUAAAGCCUUUUAGAUUCCUGCCAUAUUUUAAUGAGACUGUGCUAGAAGAAGUCAAAGAAGCAUUUCGCACUGAUAAGAGGUGGGCAAGUUUUCAUGUACUUCGUUCAGAUCGGUGACAACCACACUGCCAUUUCCUUAGAGGUACUUUGUCAACCAGUCAUUACAAAUUCAAAUAAUGUAUCCUGAUUGACCGACACGCAGUGCCACUUGCAUGUACUUCAGCACCCCACGCGCCUCAUGUAAGUGUAAUUAGUUAGAACCACACGCUCUUACAGUGCGUGUAGCUACGCGCGUGCAGUAAAAAAAGUUGCAUGCGUGCUGUGGUUAACGCAGCGUACGUGUACUUAAAUUAGUCUUUGGUCAUUUUAUGCAUUUCUGCGACCGAAUUAAUCCUAAGUUGAUCAUUCAAACAAUAUUCACGUCAACAAUGCGCUCUCUACAAUGUAUGAGCUUAAACAUGUCGUCAGCGAGUUGAGAAAAUAAAUUCUAGAUCGAAACUGUGAGUCAUGUUAAAUCGUAAGAGGAUAAUGGUGUCAUAUGAAACUCGGGGUCUUAUCCAAAAUAAAUAAUCUGCCAAUAGAAUUGAAUUAGAAUUCUUUUCCGUACUGAAGAUUCAUUCUACCCUUUUUUUGUUUUGUCUUGUAGGUUAGCAGACGUGUAUUGUCCGAUACUUAUCCUUCAUGAUCGAAGUGAUGAGAUCAUAUCGUUUGCUCUGGGGAAAAAGGUAGGUAAUGGUGACAGGAUUUUCUAAAGUGAGAAAUAUGAUUUACCAAGAAAUGGGAUAAAUAAGAACUUAUAGCUCUGUAGUUCAGAAGAUAGAGGCGCCCAGAUGGUUUCUUGGAGGCCUAGAUUUGAAGCCUGUAGAAGCUUGUAGAAGCCCGAAGUUCCUCAGGCUUCUUUACUUUCUCUUCAGUGAGUUUAAGGUCACCUGGGAGGAUGCGUUCGUAAUUGUUCUGUUCUUAGAAUUCAUUGAAAGCCAGCAUUGAACAGAGCUAAUAUUGAAAUGUUAACAUGGUGAAAUGGGUUUUUGAGUGACAAAGGGUUUAGCAACCGCUCCAAUAUCUUUUUUCAUCAACUUACAUUCGAGGUUAAAAAGAGAAUUUCUCAUGUUUCUGGUUAAGAUGCCUGUCCACCUUCCGGCCGUAUGUUGAACUUAUGUAACAGUUUUUCAUUUUACUUUUUACCUAUUCCCCUCCCCUCUUGGAGGUAGUCUCAAGGCAACACAGUAACCCGUGCUAAUGUGUAAACACUUACAGCGCAAUACGCCCACGACUUUCCAUACCUGUAGGUCUAAGUAAACAAAACAUUUCACAGAGUUACCAUUAUGACUUAUUUAAAUGUUUGAAAAAUUAUUUUUGUGUCUUGUUCUAUACUCCAGUUGUAUGAAAGUGCUAAGGUCUCGCGGCCAGCUGAUGCAGGUCCUAUCAAAUUUAUUGAAUUAGAUGGACAACACGGCCACAAGAUGAUUUAUCAGUCGCAAAAGCUCCCGGGGAUCUUGAGGUAAAUUGUGUAGAUUAUUUUUUUUAAGGUCAUGAUUCUGAUAUUUUGCACUCGUGAAAUCAGCAAUUUUCAUCUUAGGCCUUUCAAACUUCGGAGUUUGGUUGGCCUAACAUAUUAGGUACAGCAGUUUUCUUAGUGUUUAUUUCUUGGAGUAAAAAUAAAUAUUAAUUCGAAAGAAAAUUGAUUUGAAUCUUAUUCUUGUCUUGUUGUUUUUGAAAAAUGUUCUCCCAGACAUGCAAUACUGUUUACCUAAAACUCAAUAUAACAAUUUUUGUAACUUGGAUUCUGAAUCUGGGUUCUUCAUUUCACCUUAUAUUCCCCUGAAAAUUUACGCCUAUUGCACAAACGUUUUGUCUGUGCUUGAGACCUAACAAGUCCCGACCUAAUACAAAGUUUCACUCGUAGCUUAAAUUUUUAAGAUUUUAAAAUAUUUCGGAGGUCUAACGACGCACUGAAAUCUAGUAAAUGUACGUCUUGCAAUUUGGGUUUCUACACCGUUAAAAAAAUGAAAAGAAAAAACAACAAGAAAAAAAUAAUCAAGAAGGAAAGGAAGAAAGAAAGAGAACCGGUUUCUUAAAAAUCUUUACUUUUGAUGAAUACUCAGUUUGUUGUAAAAUAGAUCAUCAGGUGACCUGAAUUAUAAUGUUUUCUUUCGUUUGUUAUUUUAUUUUGUUGUUUUUUUUUUUUGUUCUGUCCUUUAAACUUCUGCGUCUCUCUAGUAGCGCUGAAAUAUAUGUUAACUGCGCAGACGCAUUUCAUACGUUCAGAAUACUUGGGUUUCUACACCGUUAAAAAAAUGAAAAAAAAAAGACAACAAGAAAAAAGUAAUCAAGAAGGAAAGGAAAAAAGAAAGAGAACCGGUUUCUUAAUACUCAGCCGUUUUCAGAAUACUCAGACGGUUACUCAAUAUACUGAUUACUCAACCGGUUUCAGAAUACUCAGACGCGCAUAUACGUUUUUUAUUCUUGGUGUUCAUUUUUUUUUCAUUUUCAUCAUUUUAAAGCUUUUUUUUCAUUUCUCUUUUAGGGAAUUUGUCAGGACCAAUUGAUGCACUAGCUCAGCUACAAGUCAGAUGUUUGAAAACACGUGACGUAAGGAGCAAAUGGCUUUAAAAAAAUGGAUGCGAGGGCCGAGCAGUGAGGGGAACGAGAAAAUAAAAUUGGAAACGGUUUUACAAGAAGAUUACAAAAUGGAAAAUGGACAAGUUCAUGUUAAUUUUAGAGUGCCACUGUAGGUAAUUAUUUAAAAUGGAUGUAAACAUUUAAUUCAAGAUGUAAUUGAGUGGUUAGAAACACUUUUAAAAUAAACAUGCUAAUUCUCAGUGUUGCGCAAAAAUUUUUCUGAACUGUAUGUUGUCUGCGUUGUGUAGAAAGGGGAUGUAGCGAAAAGCGUAGUUAACGACCGCGAAGUUUUUGACGCACUCGAAUUACUUUUCCAGUUCCACACCUGCAUAUCCACCGAAUGCUUUAGCAGCAGCGGUACAGCAACUGGAAAGACAAAUCUGACCAGAUCUAUUACUCUGUCAACUGAGUGAUAAGCGUUGAGAAAAAAAGAGAUUUUGGAGAAUGAAAAACAUAACGACAAAUAUUUUCAGAUUGUCUUAAAAACGAACCGAGCUGAAUCAAUCAUGACUCUGAUUUCUAAAAUCGAAGGCGUGAAAUGCUCGGUUAAAAGGCACCUGUCCGAUUUGGAAUGAUUGGGUCUGAUGAACUAUUGAGGAACAACGUGAAGAUGACUUCACCAUUUGGCCUCCUUACAAAAGCAAAUGGAAGUCGUGUUAACCUGCGUCGGUUUAGAAUGCAUCACAAAAGACUUCAAAAUGUAGUAAGUACAUCAGCGACACACUCAACUUCGCCUCGUGUGCCCAUUCUUUGUUCUCGCCACAUUCGACGUCGUUUACGAUCUUUUACUUAAGAGAUGUACGGCAACAUUGAAUCCAUUUGCUAAGUAUUCAUGCCAAGAAACUAUGAACUAAAACGAACACAAUUUUUUUAAGAAGCUUAUAAAGUUGACUAAUUGUUAACACCCCACGCCGUUUUCAAAAGAAACACCUAGAUCUCAUUAAUUAUAUAGCAAAACAAACAAUGACAGAGCGCCAGCUGAAUAGUUUCUGUUUCACAAUUUUUUUUUUCCUUGUUGUUUUUAAGUAACUUUGUUUAGAGACCAUAGCAGUUUUCUACCUUAAAACAAUUCGGGGAAACAAUAAAAAGUCACAAAAACAGCUAUAGGAUCUAUUUAUCGAUACCCUUACUCUGUGUCUGUGGAUAAACGUAGUGUGUUGGUUUGCUUGUGUGCGGUGAGAAGUUCCCCUUAAGCUAAUUAACGAAGGAAUUUGCAUACAAAAAAUAGGUUUAUCACCAGUUACUCAUUAACUGUAGUUCACGAAAUAUCCAAGUCUUUACCUACAUUUCGUUUGUCAAGCAGCACAUCACUUAACAGUAGUGUACUGUUUAAGUCAUGAAAUUCCGUGACCGACUUGCAACUUUUUCGUAUGCGCGAAGAUGCUCCAGCAGAGAAAGUAAAGUUGUUAUUUGAUGUUUGAACGAAGAAAGCUUGACUUUUGUUAAGACCCAAUUGUGGAGAUAGGGGCGAGUCUUUGAUUAUUAUGAACCUUUUCCUUUAAUUUCCGAUUCCCACAUUUUUACCCUUCUCGGGACAAUUUUCUUAGCUAAAUUAAAAUAAUCAGGAAGAAGUUAACCACAUGAAGAAGCCUGUUUUUCCAACUGUUUUCUUCUGUGAAUAUAUCUUCCAUUGUUAAAGAAGAGCUUUUCUCAAACAAAAGGUAAUAAUAGAUAAUAGUAUUGUUGGGUACAAUUUAGCCCAUUCAGUUUCAUAUUUUACAUAGCAAUAAUUUUUCCUUUAUAUUUGUCUUGGAGUAACAAAAUGAAUGUAGAAGCGACUACUAAUAAUGCUCAUCUGGAAGACUGAAAAUCAAGUUAAGGCCUAUACUGCCCAGUCUUCAUUUUUUUCAAUCUUCAUUUUUUUCAAAUUAUUUUUCUUAGCAGCUUCACUUUUUUGCGCAUACUAUGAAGACAAAAGAAGGCAAAGUGUUAUACCAGAGAGAAAUUUCUAUGUUAAAACCAAGAGGUAUUUUCCACAAAUUAAAAAUGAAAGCAAACUAAUUCUUCACUGCAGGAUACUAAGUAUCCUAUUGUCACAAUAGAUUUCUACCUUGCACCUGGAGUGAAUGAAAAACUACAGAGCGGUCCUCACGCUAUUUUGUCAUUUUCCUCGUCAAGGAAUUUGAAACGGUGAAAUGAUUGUUCUAAGGACGUUGGUAAGUCUUAAAGUUUGUCAAUUUAACGCUUGUAAUCCCAAGAUGCAGUUCUUUAAAAGAAUUCUUUGUUUCUCCUCUUGUCAGGUGUUUUCAAGUAUCUACACAAUUUUGCUACCGAAAGUAUCUGGAUCGACCGGUAUAAAAUAUAGUGAUCUUUGACUUUUUAUGCCACCUUAGUAGUUUGAUCUCUCAAGAAAAUAAUUUAAAGUGUCUGAGCGAUCUAUUCCGCUGAAGAAUCUCAUCCAGCUUGCUGAAUGGACGAGAUAUGAAUGAUUCUUUGCGUUUUUAAAUCUUACAAGUAAAUUACUAAUACCAUAUUGAAAUAUCAUUUUCUUAACGACAAAGGACAAUAAAUAGUCCUUGAAUUUGAUUUGAUUUUUUACCAGAAUGCAAGGAACAUUUGUUGGGUUCUUCUUGGAUUUCGUGUUCUCAAGGUAAAAUGAUGAGUGGUAUUGUGUGUCUCAUAUUACGGCAGAACGUUUUAAGUCCAAUCGUGUAAACCAGACCCUAUUAGUCAUCAUUGGUUUCUCCUGUAAGCCUGUGACAGAUUUAACACUAAUCCCAGCUCUCUCUUUUGCUAAACAGUGACUUUGGGAAGGUUCUGCCCGUUAUGAUUUUCUUGCUACUUUCGAUUUACAUUAGUUUUCUGGUUGGAGGUUUUUUGUUAUGAAAAUAAAAAACAAUAGCAACAACAAAACGACAAAAAAAAAACAAAACAAGUAGAAAGAAAAAACCAACAAAGGAAAGGAAGGAAAAAAGGGGAGAGAAAUUGAGAAACGAAGAAAAAGAAUUUACGAUUGUUUCUUUUUUGCCGAAUGAUGGAGGACGUAGAUCGGAUUUCAAGAAUAAUCUGAUUGUGCGCCGAUAAAAAUUACAAUAAUUUGACGUAGUUGCUUGGUGCCUUGGUUUUGUCAUUCCUUAGCACCGAGAACUGGUUACUAAAGUUGUGAGUAGCAAGUUUUUGAACUUAAAGAAACCAGGGCUCCAAUUGAUCGAUAUUAUUCAAUCCGCACAAGCGGGAGAUAAUCGUUAGUGAAUGAUAGCCAUGAAUAGGAGCUUCAGCGUGUUUAAUUUGUCGUGUACGACCCUGCUGCGUUUCGCAGAGUUCAAAAAGAGUCCAUGAGCUCGGAGCCAUAAGGCGAUCAAACAGAAUGGCUAAAUUGUUAAAAUUUGAAAUGAAACAAAACUUUUUAAAUUACCCAAUACAAUACAAUACAAUACAAUUUAUUUUAUGUCGGUAACGUAGGGGGUGGUUACCCAAUCCCCCGAGCCUAAUGGCUCAUGUUGAAAACGCUCGACAGUUAAAAUACAGAUGUGUAUAUAAAUAUAUGUACCAGUUAAAUAUAUGUAUGUAUGACGAAAAAAAGAAACGCAAAAAUAUCACCUAGCCCUCUACCCCUAGUCCUAAUCCUGAACCUCCCCUGAAACCCUACCAGCCCUAAUCACCUAACUUGUAGCCCUAACCCUGAAGCCUAAUUACCAAUUCAUAACCCUACCCCUACAAUUGUAUACUAAUACAUUUAUUACACUUACAGCCAAGCGUAGUUAUGCGAGAUAGGCCAGUCUUGAAUUCUGCUAGAGUAGUUGCCGAUUUAACUGAAGAUGGUAGCUGGUUCCAGGAAUGAGAGAUAAUAUAUGAAAAAGACCUAUGAAUAUGGCUAGAGGUAUUUACAGGCUGGGAAACAUUAAGAGCAGAGGAGCGCAAAUUGUAGUGACAGACCCUAGGUGUGAAAAAAUUAGAGAUAUACGAAGCUCCCUGUAGCCUGUAUGCAUUGAAAAACAUGAUUAAAGACGCAGUAAGACGUCUUUGGAUUAAGGUGUCCAAUGCCAAUGACGUUUCGAGUGUUAGCCCUUCGCCCUUUGUAAUCUUAGUAUAGACUGCUGUUCGAUCAUGUGCAAGCUAUCCUGUCAAAUUGUUCUCUAACACACAUCAUUUUUCCCCCGAGUUUUCCGGCAUCAUUUUUUAGAACUACUCCUCGUGUCCUUUGAUCAGCAAUUCAUGUCAAUGUAUACCUAGUGCACUCUCCUAAUAAGGUCACGAAAACCAUAUACGUGACAUACGUAACACUGGGUUGAUUUUAAACCUGUUGUAUUUCCAUCUAUAUUUUCCAGAGUCAUAUUAUUCCCUUUUUGAGAACGCGAGUCAUUUCUGGGAGUUGGAUUAUCCGGAAAUAGUCGACAACAUUACCGCUCAUCCUGGUAAUAUCACCUCACUAGUCCCUGAUGAGGUUACGAAUACGCGUUCACCUGCGGGCACUGGAGUACUCAUCACGGGAACCGGUGAAAUCAAUCUGAAUCCUGGGUUCGCCAUCGAGUGUCCUGUUGAUCCAACGCUGUGCGCCGCAGGUUUUUCAGUUUCUUUUUUUAUCAAAGUAACUGGACCAGAUUCUAAGUUCGUCGAUUACUCGUUUCUGUUUGGGAAUAUUGUCACACAAACUGUUGAACAGAUUACUGGUUUUAAAGGGUUUGCUGUUGGAAUGCGGGGAAAAUAUUUAGAGAUAGUUGUUGUGAGUGAUAACUACGUUUGUAAAGGCACCCUAACGUGGUACAAGCGUAACGUAUGGUCCCACGUGGCGUUUAGUUGGAAGGAUCCUGCAUCAGCUGAUGGUGGCCUCAAGGUUUUUAACGACGCUUCCACAUCAAAUCUCCAGGGAAGCUGCGAUUUGGAGCAUGGGAACAGACCGUCAUCGCGGCAAACAAUAUCUCUUGGAUCUUCAACGCGAUUACUUUUGUUGUCUGUCGAAUUGGACAUCCUAACAAUUUGGAACGAAAGCCUCUCAUCUACAAAGCUUAAAGCUCCUUGGUACAUCAUAAAAGGUGAACCCUUAUGUCAUCUACAAAGCUUAAAGCUCCUUGGUACAUCAUAAAAGGUGAACCCUUAUGUUAUUUUCGAUCUACCAUUACCCACUGGCAGGUAGAGUAGACAUCAUUUGAUUUGGAAUUAUACGUUCAUACUUUACAGUAGGAACUACUUGGCAAAAAGCCUAUUCACUCUUGAAAAUAACGCGAGGAAUAGAAGAGAAAAAUUCUUAAGAAGCUUAAUUUAAUAUUUUAUCACUUUUUUGCGGGUUAUAUUGCCAAGUUCCUAGUUUUCCCUAAGCAUCAUCGACGUGAGAAUUUUUAGAGAUCAACUGCACGUUCCAUUUUGACUUUCCUUGAAUGACUUCUCGUCGGUUUUUUAGAAGAUAUUUUGUACCACUGAUUUUCCUUGUCAGAAGUUAUGAUGUUCUUCACAAACGUAUGUAUUCGCAUUUUUGUUUCUUCCAUUAUGAUUUUUCAGAUAAUUGUCGUAUUCCAAUUGAUGUAAUCUUUAACAUUGUUCUUCUGGACCUACCUUGGGAGCCAAAUUUAGCAGAUGCAAAGUCGGAUGAACACGAGGAGUUGAUCGUACAGUUUACAAACCAGGUCUGCUCCUUUUAUGAUCUUUUACUGAGGGUAGUAAGUCAAGUGGUUGAUAACGCUUUAUAGGAUGCUCUUAUCCACUAUCGGUUCAAAUUGCCGAUAUCGUAAACCGUAACAUUGAACGAGAAAAUAAAAAGUUGUUGUGUUACUUCAUGAAGACCUCACGUGGUAUGUGCUUACGUUCUCUGAGAUGAAAAGGAGUCAUGACACGGCAAACUUGGGCAAGGAUCAACCUUAGUCCGUAAUGUCUGAAGCACAAAUAUUUCCGUCCUGAGAAAGAACACCUGUUACGUAAACUGACUUGAAAAAGCGAUUGUGCAUUAACGUAACUGCCUUUAAAUAAAAGAGGUCUGCGAAAUUAGGUGCUCUAUGAGAAACAUACAAAAAAUGUUUAGCUUGCGAAGAAAAACGAUAACAAACUUAACAAAAACACUAACGAGGAGGUAUGAAAAAAUUAAGGCAGAAAUACUGAAGUAAAAAAGAUCACAGAAAAAUGAUUGUAGUAAGUGCUUUGGAUCUUACAUAUUUCAUUAUGCAUUAUCCACAUAAAAGAAGAACUCUUUAGAAUCUUAACAAAAAUCAAAUGGUCUAAGCUCCAAUUUACAUUGUCGUGAAGAUAUUGUGCAAAGUUAAGGUCAUUUUAAGGAUGACUGUGAUAAAAUGACAGAUCAAAUUUUCUUCAUUAGAUGACUAACUUGAAUAACUCCGUCGGGGGAAAUAUUCUAGAAGCUAACGUGUCUAGCUUCAGGUAAGCUUAUUGGUCAUAAGUAAUUUAUGCCACAUCUUGAUGCUUUGCAUGACGUUAGUUGCCAUCUUCAAGACUGAAAUAAGCUACUCAACUGUCAUUACUUUGGGAGUCCUUCAAUGUUGCAAGAUAUCAGUUCUUCUUGUCAAAUUCAUAUCUUUAAAAGAAAACCCUCCUUUACAGGAGAUUUUUAGAUAUCUAAGAAAUUCACGUUUAUUUCAGUUUAUAAGCUAAACAGACAUGUUUUUUACUUGGCAGUCAACUGCGUGGUGGCAAUGUAACGGCGAAAAUGACCUUCAGUUUCUACAGAAGCGAAUGGCAAACCCUUUUGCAAUUACAGGAAACUUUCGAAAAUGGAACUCUGUUAAAUUCAAGAAUAGAAAUUCUCAGUUGCUCUGCCACGGAUAAAUGUAAGUCACAAGACGUUUCAAAAGCUGCCUUAGCCACCACUGAUCACGUUGACUUAAAUAGGCCUCGAUUGAUUGCAGGGCUGUCGGUUGUUAGUUGA